AUGGAUCGCCCGAAGAAGCCAUCAAUGCGUCACUUAUUCGAUGCCUAUUUUGCCCCGUCGACCAGCAGCGAGGAACCAAGCCAGCGAUUACAAGGCAAACACUUUGCGUUAAUCCGAAAUAUUCCACGAAGCUACCACUCGAAAAAUCUACGCAUAUUUUUCGCCGACUAUGUAGAAAAUGGCCGCUUCGAUUGCUUCCAUUUUAAGCACAGACCGGAAAUCCAGGAUAAGAAUGCUGAAACGAGCAGUUCAACGUUUUGCUGUGUAGUGAGGUUCGCUUCCGAGGAUGAUCGCGCUAGCUUUGUAGCGGAUUAUAAUGGUUUGAAUUGGACUGACGAAGCAUCGGGGCUGCAUCUUCCGAGGAAAUGUUUUGUGACAGCGGUCAAAUUGUCUGAUGGGCAAGCGGCCGGAUCAGCUAACUUGUCGGCGUCGGAUCUGCUCGAAAUGAUAGAGCUUCGUCCACCUGAAGCAAUGCCAAAUGGAAACGUUGGCACGCCGACUGCUUAUUUUUUGAGCCAGAUUUCACAAUGCAAGCUUCCCCCGUCGUUAAUCACAAGGCUGGGAUUGAAGAGGCAGCGGCGAAAGCGCAAAUUUGAGGCUGUCGACUUUGUUUAUAAUGGAUCGCGCCCGCUUACAUAUGGUUACAAAAAAGUCGACGCGUCCGACGACAAUGAUCGUCGCAAAACUAUGGAAAACGAGGCCAGCAGAGUGCAAGGAAUUCAAGAAGAAGCUGGAGAUGAUGAGGAUCCGACCGAUGUAGCUGUACGUCAAAUAGGGCCCGACAAUGAUGACGCUCCUGCCAAAGAUGAUGACGAUCAGUGCGAGGAAUGGGAAAGACACGAAGCCCAUUACAACGAUGUUACCGAACAGGACCGGACUAAGGAGAAGAAGUUUGAGCAAGAAAUGGAGGUGGUUUGGGAGAAGGGCGGCCCAGGACUCGUUUGGAAUAUGGACAAGGAGUACUGGGAUGAGCGUGAAAAGGGAACAGAUUGUGAUUGGAUGUGGGCGGACGAUUGGGACGUCGAUUACUCGGUUUACUAUGAGGGCAAAAUGGCCGGCGAUAAAGAUGCGAGGGAUUGUGUGGAGAUCAGGGACGAUGAGGCCCGACGAAAGGGAGGCCCGGCUGAAUCGGUGUUCCGCAAGCGGAAGGGACCGGCGCAAGGCGGCAGACAGCGACGGCACUCUGGUAGUGAUGUUGUCGACUUCGAGAAGGGUUCAAAGCGCAUUGGCAGUACGCUGAUGAGAAAAAUGGGCUGGACCCCAGGUACCGGCCUUGGAAUGAAGGGCCGUGAAGGCCGUGUCAAUCCCGUGGCGUUACAGAUGGAAGAUGAUGCGCUAGUUGGGAGAGAACGCCCUGGACUGGGCUAUCGUGGCGAAGCGCUGAAUAGGAACGUCACGAAACCGCCAGUUCGACAUGCUAUCGUCAGUGUUUACGACGAAUAUACCGACAAGGAUCAACAGCGAGAUAGCCUGCGACGUGUCGGCGACGAUCCCACGGAUGCUACAAAGGAGAUCCUAUGGAGGCAGAAGGAGCCGACCUACACAAAGCACACG